UUUUUUUUUUUUUUUUUAGUCUGACAUUUGGGCAAAUGUGCCUUAUGCUGACGGAUGUUUAUCUCUGAAUUUCUAUCAAAGAGUUCUGAAAGUCAACAUCAGAACUUUUACCAUGACCUCAAGCGCAAUUAAAGCCAAGAAACCCACACGCCAUUAUGAUGAUUCGAUAGACUCUUGCUCAGUCGCGCCUUCGGAUGCAAAUGAAAUGGCCGAGCUACCACUUUCUGGGAGGAGGAGAGUAAAAAAGAUUUCAUUAUAUGCUGCUAAAGAAACAGCAAGUUGCAAUCAGUCUCCUUGAUAGGCUGAAUGCAAAAGGCUUUUUAUGGGCCUGGCCAGUUUUAAAUCCACUUUGCUGACGUGCUAAUGAUCAGGAGUGAUCUGGAAUAGAGAAGAGAGAAUGGGAGAGAAUGAGAGAGGGAUUUCAUAUGAAACAAACACCAUGUUGCGUGUUGCUGUAGAGGAGGAGGAAAAGUAUUUAAAAAAUGUUACGGUGCAAACAAAACGCUGUGGUAUUCGGCCACUUUUAUACUCUGUUCAAACAAACCAAUUGCACUUAACAAGAGAAGAGCCGCUGCUGAAAGAAAGAAAGCGAUAAGAGGAUCAGUUUGCAGAUUACCUCAAGUGCGCCAUCACUCUGUGGGGAAGGUUUUGUUCAGCAGGUUACAGGGGAGCUUCUCAGUAGUUGCUUGGUGAAGAUGGAUUCAGGUAAAUACAGAGAACACAACCUGUCAGAGGCUGCAAAACACUUAAAAGGUCCACCUUCCAGCAGGGCUGCACAAAGAGUGGUCAGUGUGUGCUCAUGUGUCAGAAUGGCCCUGUCAAAGUUCUGACUAAAAUCUAGCUGAGAAUGUCAGGCAAGACUCGAACAUUUAUGUCGCUUUCCAUCCAAUCCGGUUGAUCUUGAGCUACAUAAAUUCAUUGUCUAGAUGUGCAAAGCUGACAAAGACAAAAGCAUGGAUAUUUUUCCCCCCUUCCACUUAAUUAUACACUACUUUGUGUUUAUCACACAAUCCCAAUGAGAUACAUUCUAUAAACAUGGGCGUUUUUGUAGAUGGUUAAAUUCAUGUUUGUUACUCUCAAGUAAAUCGUGAUGAUUUUAAACAUUUAUGUCAGUGUGUGUGUUGUAUUAGCGAUAACAUUGACAUUAGUCAUACUUCAGCCCCCUCCUCUCCUCCCUUCUCUUCUCACAGUCACCGCUGACACCUGCGACGCGUUUAGUUUGUGCGCACGAGAAUGCUGCGCCAAAAAGGCAAAAUCCUAUUUUUGUAAAAGAGGUUAUUGAUUUCAAGCCAAUCGGAAACGACAAUAUAUAUGUAUAUAUUCUCCGUCUAAAUGGAUCCCAGCAGCAGCAGCAGCGGUAGCGGUAGCCCUGCGUUGGCAGGAGAUGAAGACGAAGCCGUCCGUUUUGCGCUCCUCAGAGCCGGAGUUCUGGGGUUAAUUUUUGUGUUCGCCACAUGUGGCAACCUUUUCUUCUUAGUCACCCUGUGGAAGAGGAGGAAGAGGAACUCGCGGACCCAGCUUUUCCUCUUGCACCUGUGUCUGGCGGAUCUGGUGGUGGCCUUUUUCCAAGUCCUGCCGCAGCUUUCCAUGGAAAUUACGCACAGGUUCCGCGGGACGGACUUCCUCUGCCGCCUCGUCAAGUACUUGCAGGUGGUCGGGAUGUUCGCCUCCGCCUACAUGAUUGUGGCCAUGGCUAUUGACCGCUACCACGCCGUUUGCAAGCCCAUGGUCUCCUUCCUGGAGGGCUCCUUCCGGAGGUACAUCUCCAUAGGCGCAGCGUGGCUCAUCUCGCUAGUCUUCAGCUCCCCGCAGCUCUUCAUCUUCUCCCUCCAGGAGGUGGAGGUGAGCCUGUAUGACUGCUGGGCGACGUUCGCCGAGCCCUGGGGGAGCAGGAUCUACAUCAGCUGGAUCACUCUGGCGGUUUUCGCGCUGCCCGCGGUCAUCCUGUUGUUUUGCCAGAUGCGGAUAUGCACAACCAUCUACUUCAACAUGAAGAGGAAGGCUCUGCAGUCGGGGCGCGCGGGCACGAAGGGGGUCUCCAACGCAAUGCUCAAGACGGUGAAGAUGACUUUUGUGAUUAUAAUGGCGUACACGGUGUGCUGGAGCCCCUUUUUCGUUGUGCAGCUGUGGUCGGCGUGGAGCCCGAGCAGCGCGCCGACGCAAGGUCCCAUAUUUUCAAUUAUCAUGCUGCUCGCCGGUCUCAACAGCUGCACAAACCCUUGGAUAUAUCUGUACUACAGCUGAAAAAAAAAGAGAGAAAAAAAUAAAUAAAUUGAACAGCAUAAGAAAGAGAGAAAUAAUUAACAGGGUUUCUACAGAUUCCCCACCUGUGACGACUGAGGUGAAGCGAUCCUUUGUUGAACCACGUGGAGAAGACUUUGAGGAAGAAAGCCACGUUUGUUUGUGUUCUCUGUUGGCGAAAAAUAUCCUCUCGCUCCUUUGUGCGAAACAGAGAGGUGUAUAUUUAGCAGACUGCGGGGAAACCGGCAAAGGAACGGAACAUAAAUAUAUUCAAACAUGCUUAAUCUUUUCAGAAGGCGCUGCAGUGACUGCAUGGAGGAUUGUCUCCUGCUGGACGAAGAUAAAACAGAAAUGAGCAAUCAGAGACAUAAACAUUCGGGUUUUUUUUUUAAUUCCUGUUGGUGUGUAGCUAUGGGUAAACAGGACACGUGGAGGCUGGGAGUAGAAACUGGCAUGUUAAAAUUCAGUUUUCAGACAUAAGUGAAAAUAAAUUGUCACGUCUAGAAAGUUGACUUUGCAAAUGUAUUUUAAUUUCAGUUUUGAAGCAAGGUAUUUCUUACUAGAAAACACCAUUCAGACGUUGACUGGACAAUACGCUAUUGUUAAAUAAUUUAUAUUUUCCAACAUAUUUCAAAAUUAUUAGAAAAUGUAAGAUUUAUUUUUGUGAGCAUUUUAGCCAAGUUUGUAUGUGUUGCUAUGGUUGACCCCUAAAAGUAAGUGACAUCACAUACAUUCUUGGCAUUAGGGAUGAUGUAAACAGUUUGUUCCCAUCAAAGAUUAGACUUUUCAUAAAAACAUAUACAUCAACAUGUAGGUAUUUUUGUCUUAUUUUAAAAUAUAGGUCAGACAUUAAUGCUGGAUCUUUGUUCAUCUGUAAAAUACACCUAAACUGUAGUAAUCCCAAACCUCAUCUCCCAUUGACUUCUAUACAAAUUUCAUUCUAAAUAUUUCACAGACAGGUCAAAGAUAAAGCUCCCAUCUCUGAUAUUAAAACAAUGCAGGAACAUGAGCUUCGACCAUAUUUGCUUUCUGAUCCUCCUUCCUCUUCAUGGAAUAAUAUUCAUCACUUUCACACACACACACAUGCACACCCACAGCCACACACACACACAAGAAGUUUGUUAGACAAAAAGACCACAAAUAUGAAUGCAGAUAAUGUCACCUUUAGAGUAAUUGAGAAGCGUUUAUUGUAGCCGUCAAGAAGUUCCUUUUGACUUCUUUCUGGAAAUUCCUGACACACAUUCUUACUUCUAUCUACUUCAAAAUGUUUUGUCUGAAAGGUUUGCCUUGUUUAACCAAGGCAAAGAUCUGUAUUUAUCUGAAGUCAAACCAGGUAUAAUUAUGAGUCAGAUUUUCUUAAACCUACAUACCCCACAGGACGAUGGAACCUCCGACAUAAAAGGUUCUCCUUUUGCUGGAGAACCUUAAAUAUUGGCUACGACGUCGGCAUGACGACUUCUUUUUCCUGCAGCUGCACACCUUCACCAGACCGACUUGAUUCCCGUUUUGAAUGUGAAUUACGUUUCCUUUUCCAUUCCAGCGAAGCCUAGCGCAAUAGUUUGUCUCGUGUUGUUUUCCCUUGCACCUCACAAGCCCAUCCAUGUCUGCCAAUUUGCGGCAGCCCGUCAACAGCACGUGCCCAUUAGCGCGCGUGGCGCGGCUGUGUCAUAAUAUAAAUGAUCUAAUUUGCUGUAGAAAUUCCCAUCAAGUCAACACAGAGAGGAAACAUGCCCAAUUCGAGACGCGUGCUGAUUUUCGCGUCAGGUAAAAGAAAGAGAAAGAUAAAAAUGUUCUCGGUGUAACCUGAGAGCCUGUGGCACUCGGUUUUAUAUCUGCUUCAAAUAAGAUUAGCUAUCUGAUGCAGCCAAAAUACAACUGUGACUAACUCAAAGCCCGAGGGUGGAGAAGUGGGAGAUAAAUCCUGCUGCAGGUUUUGUGCUAGUGUAAUUGCAUUGUAUAAAACCAUCACUACAGACUUAAUGGGAGGAGGAAGAGGGGGCUUUCUGAGAUGCAAGGAAGACAGCAAUUUAUUUAAGAAAGGCCAGAAUAUGAAAGCAUAGUAGCGACAGUUGAUGAGGCGUCCUUUGUCGGGCAGUGUUCACCCUUUGCUUGUUUUAGCUUUAGCAUCGAUGCACAUUGGCCUCAUUUUCAUUUUGAAGCCCACUUGCAAAUGUUUGAAGCUAAAUUUUAAGUGAAGGAUGCAGAAAACAAGUCAUUUUAUGAUGCAUCCUAAAGGACGUCAUUAGAGCAGCUGUCAAUAUAUUCAAUCCAGGCUUUUGAUUAGCUUUAAACCUACUUGCAAUUUCUUCCGUCAAAAGUUUCUCCAAGUUUUCCAAGACCUCAGCUUGACCUCAACCAAUCCUGUUAGCUGUUUGUUUAUU